AUGCCUCGCGUGUUCUUUGUUACCGGAAGCUCAGCUGGUCUCGGGCAAGCUCUGGUAAAGGAAAUCCUGGAUAACGGCGACUAUGUUAUUGCAACUGCUCGCAAACCGGAAGUGUUGAUUUUUGAGAAAGCUACUUCCACCAACUUCAUCGCCGUUCAACUCGACCUGCUAGAUUCGAAAAGCGUGCUGACCGCAUACCUCACCGGUGUAGCCAAGUUUGGUCGCAUUGACGUGGUCGUCAACAACGGGGGAUAUGGAUUGAGCGGCCCCUUUGAAGAUCUAACCGACGAGGAUAUCAAGCGACAAAUGAACGUCAAUUUCACCGGUGCGCUUGUUUCUACUCGCACUGCCAUUAAGGUUAUGAGAGAACAAAAUCCUCCAGGAGGCAUUAUUCAGCAAAUCACCAGCAUCGGUGGUCGCAUCGGGAUGCCAUGGAUGUGCAUGUACAGUGCCUCGAAGUUUGCCCUCGAGGGAUUCACCGAAGCCGUUGCGCAAGAAAUGGAUCCGAAGCGGGGAAUCAAGUUUACUUGUCUUGAACCCGGUGGUUUCAGGACGGACUUCUUCCCCGAUCGAUGGUAUACACUAAUGCUACAUCUUCGGCAGGAAUCUCAACGCGGCGAUCCUCCAAAGGGGGCAAAGGCACUAUAUCACUUGGCAACGUUGGAGGAUCCCCCGAAAAGGGCGGUUCUUGGAAGUGAUGCCUAUGAAUGGUUGAAUGAACACAUGAUGGCCGAGCAUGAGGAUCUGCUUCGCAAUAAGUCCCUGGCCCGUAGCACAGAUGUCGAUGAUUGA